AGUUUCUGCUAGACGCGACCUGCGAAAAUCGAAAAUUUGCCACAACACAAUCGGGAAGGGAGACUGAAGUUUUUUUUUUCUUCCCCUCUACUAGAGGUAUCCCGGCAGGUAGAUAGAGGUAGGCAGGUACCUAAGGUAGGUCCUUAUGUACCCCUACCUAAUCUCAGGUAUCUCCUAGCCGUUGACAAUACUUUUCAUAUCUACCUUAUCGGUCUUAUCAGCUUCACGUUCUUCUUCCCACAGCGUCGAUCCUCCCCCUCACCCUUCCUUUCCUCCCUCUACCCGUCAUCUCACCACCCAUCCCAUCCUCUAACGCGCCGGCAAUAAUGUGGCGAGUGCCGAACCGGUCCUAUAUAUGUUGGAGAUGCGCUUCUCGGAGCGUCGCACCGGACCCCGUCGUUUCGGGGUCGGGUGCGAGGCUUCUGCCGAGAGCAACACAACCCCUCCAAAUACGGGCGCUAGCGACUGUGCGCGAUCGCGUAGCGAGGGGUGCCAAUUCAAACCAGAAGCAACAUGCGCAAAACCGCAAGGAGAAGCUCAAUAUCCGAGAGCGCCUGCGGAUAUGGGAUGAGGAGAACCAGGAUGAGGCGAAACUCAUCAUUUCUGAUUUCGCCGACAUGGGCGAGGUGUCCAACAGCUUCACUCGCCCCCAGAACCUAUCCAUGGGGCAGUUUGAAAUCACGCCACCGCUGUUUGACGGCGAUGAACUCAGCGACCUACGUUCCGACAGCGCCAAUCUAGGACCGGGCGAUAUGGUGGAGUUGAGCUCCGAAGGCUCGAGGCGACCGAUGCUGGCGAUAUAUCUUGGUCGCUUGAAUAGCUAUGCCCAUUUCUACACAAGCACUGGGAAAUGGUUCACCGGCCUAGGUGUCAGGUCGCUUUUUGUUGUCCGAAGAUUCAUCGAACCGGCCGAGCUCGAGCCCGUCAUCAAGGAAUUGCCGUCUUCCUCAGCGCCUCUAGCGGCCAUUAAUACCCUACACGACCUCGGCCACAAUCCGUCGAGGACGGCUGGAUCCCGUCUACUGCGUAAGAUGGUUGCUUUUGACCAAGAAGCCCAGUAUGUGUACCAGGCAAACGCCGCUACCUUGGACGUAUCUAGCAGCUUCAUCGGCGACCCGGUAAAGCACCGUUAUCUUACCCUGCACGAAAUUGCCGAAAUAUUGCUUCCAGCGUCUUACCAGAGGGAAGGAAAAUUUGAUCCACAUGCCCUAUAUGCGGUGCAUAGAGCUCUACUACAAGACGAGGUUUUUUUUAGACCACUUAGACACACUGGUCACAAGAGCUCAUAUCUCUUCGAGAUCAGCCCGUUGUCCGAAGUUCGCAUAAUAAAGAACGUGGAAAAAAUGAUCAGAGCGCAUCUAACAAGAAAACCAUAUUCCCGAAAGGGUGCACAGGAGGAGCCAUCUCCUCUGGAUGAAUUUGUCUACCGUGCUCGUAUGAGGAUCGACCAGAGUCGACAAUCGCGGCGGUGGACAAAUGCCGGCAUUAUUGGAUCGCCCAUUCGGCCGAAUUCGAUGCCACCAGCGGAGUCUCAUCAAUGGUCGGGUACAGAUUUGGAGGUAUUGAAAUUCAUCGAGCUGUGGGCUGGGUAUCGGAAAUUUCCAAGCUACUCGCGGCUCCAGUGCUUCGGCUCUACCCUAUUACGACUCGUCAAAAGGUACGAGGAGGCAGAAAAUCUCACGGCAUCCACCGGCUGGACCUUCUUGCAAGAAAUUGGUUGGAUACCCCCCUGGGAAAUCCCGGCGCGUUAUAGCAUACGCUUUCCAGACGUUGAGAUCCAGAGGGGAGGAGGCUAUAUCCGACCUUACGACGGUAAUUUAGAUGAACAUUUGCGGGAAGACAUAUUGUCGCCCAUGAGGAAAGUCUGGGACGGUAUCACCGCCUACUGCAUUGACGCCGAAACUACGACGGAUAUCGAUGAUGGGGUAUCGCUUGAGCGAACAUCUGACCCUCAUCAGUUUUGGAUUCACGUUCACGUAGCCGACCCGGCUUCCUCUGUCCUGCCCGAAACCGUGAUUGCGGGCUAUGCCGAGCUGAUCCCCCAGACGAUAUACUUGCCUGGCCACUUUGAGCGGAUGCUACCCGACACCUUUGGUCAGGACAAAUUUUCCCUGGCCCCGAAUCGGCGCUGCCUGACUUUUAGCGCAUUGGUGGACAAGGAUGGUGUGGUUCUGGACCGGAAGAUCACCCCUGGGAUUUUGAAGGAUGUCGUAUACAUCACAAGCGAGGAUGUCGCUACCGCGAUAGGAGAGACCCGAGCACUGCCUACUUAUCGAGGGCCGGAGCUAACUCUCGGUCGUAUUCCUGAGGCUCAACCAGCAGAAAGGCCGAUGAUGCGACAUGACAAUCUGAGCAGUGAUCAAAAGAAGGAACUUGCAUUGCUUUCGGAACUCGGAAACGCCCUUCAUGCUUUAAGGCUGAGUAGGGGGGCCACGCCUUACUACCCACCGCAACCCCAAGCUCAGGUUUACUUCGACGACGAGAUCAAGAGGAGAGAAGAGGACCAUUUCGGGUUUGGUAUUAGCCAUCCCUCUAUCCACCUCUCGUACACAUCCGACUCCGGUACAGAUUUAGUCGGAAACAUCAUGCGAUUGGCAGGCGAGGUCGCCGCCGAGUGGUGUCACGAACGUGGAAUACCAAUCCCGUACCGCACGCAGCCUCACGCCGCUCAGAAUAUUGCUGCCGUUCAGCAAUACAUACGCGACGUAUUCAACCCUCUUCUAAAUGCAGGGGCGCGGCCAGAUGAUAAUAUCUGGCGUCAGAUGUGGUCUCUCAUAGGUAAUGAUGAGUUAAGCACCACCCCCGGGCCACAUGUCACUAUGGGCGUCUCCAUGUACACUAAAGCUACUUCACCGCUACGUCGAUUUUCAGACCUGCUUGUACACUGGCAGGUCGAGGCCGCCCUUAUCGAAGAAAACCGCCGUGGCACGAGCCUUGUCGGAAACAAGGACGACACCUUCCUGCCAUUUACCCGGGCGCAACUCGAUCGUAUGCUACCUUUGAUCCGGGUACGUGAGAAGCAGGCACGCGCUCUCAUGAACGGUGACGGCAAAGAUCAGUGGAUUUUGCAGGCUCUUGCCCGGGCAUGGGAAUUCAAAGAGGCUAAAAUCCCCAAGACAUUCCAAUUUCACGUCACACACGUCAAUGGCCGGCGUUCGAUCCUCGGGCGACUCAACUGGUUCGAGCGGCCGGCCACCUUGCGCUCCGAAACACUGAACGAUAUCUUGAAGAUGGCACACGCGCGGAUCGGUGACGUGUACGAGGUUAAGAUAAAGAAUGUCAAUGUGCACGGGACUCAGAUUAUCGUAGAAGCCAUUAGGGUUAUCAAGAAGAUGGAGGUGGAUAUCUUCCCAGCAACCCCCAAGGGCGCUGGGGAGAAGAUGCUAGAAGUUUAGCGCGGUAAACCAUAGUCGGGAAUGUGUAUGAUGAAGGAUGUAACAUACUGUCACUACAAACAGACAAGACAAGAUUCUAAUGUACAUAGACACGCUGUAGCUAUGCGGAGACGGUGCCGGGGAGAUACAGAGUCUUCUCUCUAUUUCUCCUUCUCCUCCUUCUCCGUCUCUUCGUCCCUACCUACCCUCAUAUCCCACUAUCUAGUCCACCCCAGAGUAAAAUGACGGACCGCAUAGCGUAGCCAGGAGUCCCCCGCGCCGCUGCCCCCCUUCCCCU